GUCCAGGUUUCGCUGACUGUCCGUCCCAGCGCCGUCUGGCUCUGUCCCGGCUCUUCUCCGGUCCUGUUGGUCCGUCCUCGGGUAGAUCCCCGUCCUCGUGUCUCCCCCUCCUCCGUCCUCUCAGGGCUCUCCUGCCGGUGGAAGUGGACCCAUUGUCCUUCCUGUCUCGCUUGGUCCCGGUCCUCGGCGGUCUCUUCCCCUCGGUGGGGGGGGCCCUGCCGGCUCUGGCCCGGUCCUCGCCCCGGCGUCUUCAGGAGGAUCUGUUCGGGGGGAAGUUCCUGAAGAGCGCCGCGUCCUUUAACUUCAGCGGGGCGGUGGGGGGGCGAGGAGACCUCGGCCUGGACCGGAUCUCCACUCAGACGGUCCUCCUCCAAAAGAACCAGGACCUAGUCCGGUCCGUCAGCGCCGCACUGGAGGAUCCCGCCUUCCUCUCUGCCCUCCGCAACACACUGAGCAGCCAAUCACAAGCUUCCUCCCUGGAACAGGUCCUGAGUCCUCUGCUCCGAGCCUGCUCUGAAGACAAAGCCGAGGACGCGGCGGCGGCCAUCUUUGUCCCGAGCUGCACCCCCGGCGGUGGUUUCCAGGAGGUCCAGUGUGGCGGUGGGGGGUGCUGGUGCGUGGACGCCCGGGCUCAGGAGGUAGGGGGGUCGCGGACCGCCGGCCCCCGGCCCCGGUGUCCCACUCGCUGCCAGAGAGCACGAGCCGCGGCGCUGGAGGUCAGAGGACGCCUGGCGGCCGGCGCCGAGGUCCACGUCCCAGCAUGCUCUCUGGACGGGGACUUCCUGCCGCUGCAGUGUGCCGGCUCUCGCUGCUUCUGUGUGGACGCGGAGGGGAAAGCUACGGCCGGCGGGUCAACAGGAGGCCCCGCCUCAUGUAAGAUAUCACACAGAGACCCUGACACAAAGGGUCGGGACCAGAGCAGGUCCAGGGUCGGGAACAUAGCAGGUCCAGGGUCGGGACUGUAG